GAUAACACACAGCGGCGCCAAGACACGAGGAGAAAAGCAAACCUUUUUUGCGCGAGAUUAAACAUUGUAAAUCUUAUUAACGUUGCGUUGUUAUUAUUUAUUUUUGUCUGUUUAUAUACAUCACAUGGAGAGAGCUUUCGGCUAGGAAUCACCUGGCAAAAUGUAUAUACAUCACUUGCACCGGACAAGAUAAACUGAACAAAAUACACAAACAGGCCAAGCACUUUUCCUCCGAUGGCAUCCUUCGUAAAACAAUUAAAACUUCUUCUUUGGAAAAAUGGUCUGGGUGUCAUCAGGCAGCCGGCCUGGUCGGUGGCUCUCAUCAUCUGGCCAAUUGUCAUCUUCAUCAUCUUGGCCAUCACACGUACACAGUUCCCUCCACAACUCAAAGACACAUGCUAUGUGGCACCACGCAACCUUCCGAGCACCGGGUUCUUCCCAUUCCUGCAGACGCUCAUGUGUAGCACAGACAGUCACUGCAUGAACAAAUCCUACGUAACACAAGGACAGUCUAAAACCGUUUGGUACACGGGUCAUCGACGACGCAGGGAUGUCCAAUCUCACAGUCUUCCAUCACUGCUUCAUGACUUACCUCCCCUGGCUCAUCUCCAGAAGGGAGGCCUUUUUCAUUCCAUCCUUAAAAGAGAUACAGCAAAUCAACCAGAACUCAUAGACUUAUGGGACCGAAUACUCAAUUCCAGCCUUAAGUCACAACCUAAUGUAACCUCAGUCAUGGAGGCUUUGAACAACACCUUACUGGUUGAUCAGGAUUCAAUGGAAGCUGUUUGGGACUCUGUUAGCGUCUUGAAAAAUUCCAUCUGCAACUUCUCCAUGACUGCCAUGAACAUAUCAAGCAGUGCCCAAGUGGAUUCAUUGACAUACGGCCUAAUAAACUUCUGCAGGUCCAACAACACUGUUCUGGAAGCGUCCUUAAUAACCCUAAACCAGGUGUUCCUGAAUAACCCAGAAGAAGUGUUGAAUGCAGUCGGGGAGAGCGUGGUGGUUGUAGAUAGGCUUCAAGAAGAAACGUCAGUGUGGGACUUCUUGCUGGGCCUGCCUGAUCUUUUCCUAAAGCCCACAGAUAAAGAGAAGCUAAAAACCGGAGCGGUGGAAUUAGGAAAUCUAAAAAAUGUCUUGAGCUUCGUCCAGAGCAUUUUUCCCGAGGCCAAUCUUUCUGCCUCCGUCGUGAACCCAGUCAUCGAUAAAGCCAUUGGCUUUUUCAACUACACCAGCUCUUGGCAAGGGAGAAAUACGUAUAUCAAAUUAAGUGAUGUCUUGACACAAAGCAGCAUUGAUCCCCUCGCCUCAGAGAUAAAGGACCUCAUCAGACAAAUCCAGAUUCCUCUGGAAAAGAUUCAAGUGCUGCUCAUCGAAGAGGACUUCAAUAUAUUUUUGUGUGAGAAUAACAUCAUGGCCUCUUAUUGCUGGAGUUGGGAAGUGAGACAGAUAUUUCAAGCGAUACAUAAGGGGAAGGUUGCCCAGCAGGUGCUGGUGGCAUGGAGUCAGAGCUCUUCUUCAGCAGACAUUGCCUUUGCUAAAGAGAUGGUGAGCAACAUCUUGGGCCUCAUCUCUCCAGCAAGCUCCCAAGCUCUUUUUAAAAACAUCAGGUCCUCACGCAGCACCAGCGACGCUCAACCACAGAGUGUGGGGGAAAAAAUAUUCCUUGGAAUCGGCAAUGCAGCAUUGGACUUAUUGCGUGGACUGCCUGGCUGGGAAUACAUUCAGACUUUCUUGAUGGCUGGCCAUUCGUCUAUGCAGAUGGCGAGAGUUGCAAUGGAAGUGCAGAUGCCAUUUCUGAACACUGUCCUGAAAGACACCAAGAUUCUCCAGGAAGUCUUCCUUUCCUUAGCUCAGAAUGAGACCGUUGCUUACGCCUUGGCUGACCACGUCAUUGAUUCCAUCGAGCAAACUCUGAUCAAAGUUUUUAAAGGCAACACUAACUGCAGUGACCUGUAUGCUCCUUGGGCAUGGAUGUCGGCAUACACCUCUGUGAACCCUGAGCUGUGGAACACACUGAUUUGCUCUGAAAAUAACACGUGGCUUGAACAAAUGUUGCUGACAUCACUUAACCCCAUAACUGAAAAGUUUGAACAGUUGGCUGGCAUUGUUUAUGGAAAUGUGAAGUAUAAUGUCACACCCUCCGUGAUCAUGUCAGAGUGGCACACAGUAUCAGCAACAUCCAUGGUUUAUGGUACUGCCCUCCUAAACUUGGUAGCUAAGCUUGGCCAGACAAACUUCACAGCGUGGAUGUCAGCGCACAUUCCAGUUCAUUUGUCCCAGAUUCUUAUGACCAGGGGUUUGGAGACGUUUAAAACCAUUAGUCCUCAGCUGGAGCAGAGCUAUCUUUGGCCCUCCAUGGAACCGUACUUCCAUAUGGCUUAUUGGAUUAUGACCUACCAACCCAAUGUCACCUCAUCACCAAACUGCACUCUUCAGUCAUAUGCCUUUAGAUGCCAGACCAACUUCACAUGGGAAGCAUUUGUUCCCUUGAUUCAAACUCUGAUCACAGAAAUGUCAAGCAAUCCUGCCAGCCUGCUUAGACCUAUCCAGGGAACACUGGCUUUUCUUCAAAGCGUCUACGAUGACAGAUACAUGGCACUUUUGCAGCAGGUUCUUGCCAGCAACUCCAGUCCACUGUUCACAAAUGAUACUUUAGCAAUGUCAGCAAAAGGCCUGUUGCUAAACCUCAUCAAUACAGUUGAUAAAGAAAUUCGGCUUCUCUCCAAUAUUGAGUCCACUGAGCAGUUUAACACUCAGAUCUCACACUCACUGUUAAAUGACAUCAUGGCCUCUCUUGGAUUGGGACAGCUUGACAACAUCUUGUCCGAUGGUUUGCCCAUCUCCCGUCUUGACCCAGUUGUUCAGAAUAUCCUUCAGUUCCUGCGAAACGAUUCUGUACUGAUGCUACGCAAUGAGGGGGAGUUUGCUGUGCUGACUGAAAUUUUGCGCCAGCUUGGAACUGUCUUACCAUCACAGCAACAGCAUCAGGUAGAAGCAGUGCUCAACUACACUCAUGCCCUGAUUGGAGAUCUGAAGAUCUGCUCAGCUAUUGGUCAGGACUGUAUUGGUAACACCCAAAAGGUGUUCGAGCUUCUUAAUCUCACCGUUUCCCUCCUUCCCGAUAAACCUUUUAAUAGCCUAGCGGUCAAUGGUAACAUGACUCUCUCUGUUGUUGGUGACGUGCUAUCUCUGGUCUUGCCAUGGAGCAUGUCAGUGCCAGCAGAAUCCACCAGUGAGAUUGUCAAAAAGGUCCAACAUCUUCUUCACCAGAUUUAUGCAUCUUCUAAUGGAAAUUUUACAAGUAUUAAUGACGUGCUACAAGCCUCCAAUCUCACUCUUUCGGAACUAGAACAAGUCCUAAAUGCUAUUAAUAGAUAUAAUGGGUCAGCCUUCAACAAUAUGCUGGAUCUGUCUGUCGAAAAUAUGAUCCUUCAAACCCCACAAUGCCUGAUCAAUCAAAGCGUUCAUUCUCAAAGUCCCCUCUAUGGAGAAGCCGGCUGUGUACUUCAGUUCAUUCAGAGUGCUGUUCGAUUGCUACCUGUGGCAGAAGACAUUCAAACAACUCUUGGACACUGGCUCAGCAUAACUGCUGCAGGAUUAAAUAACUUUUCCAGUCCCGAAACCAACGCACUUGGGGUGACCGAAGAGGUACUUACAACAACACUGUCAACCAUCAGACAAAACCUUCAAAGUCUUCAUGUGGACAAUGUGACUGUGAUUGAAGGUGAGCUGAACAUUCUGGAAGACCUUUUGAGAAUCUCUUUCAGAGAAAGGUAUCCAUAUCACACCAUAAACUCAACACUGCUGGCUCAUGGAGAUUCUGCACAGAAGGUAUAUGGAGAAAUCACAAUGUGGUACCUAAACAAGCUUGGGAAUGCCACCAGCGGCAGCACAUUUGCAGAGAUUCUCCAACCGUUGAUUCACAUGGCCAAGAAGCAUGUGGACUUGAUCAACGCAGAGACACAGUUGAACACACUGAUAAUGAAUCAGAUCCAAAACUUGACUGCUCAUGUGAAGCUUCCUCUGGAUGGUGAAGAUCUUACACAAGUUGCCAAUGCGAUCAUGACCAUAUUGCAAGGUGAGCUGGGACUGAUCAAAACGAACCUUGAAAUCCAACAGGUGUUCUUUGAUUUUGUUGGCUUGCCAAUGAAUGCCAAUAUCCCAGAUGAGAUUGACGCUCAAAUCAUGACCUACCUCAAUUUGACAAAGGAUUGGAUCACUAACCCGCAACUGACAGCAGCACUUGGCAGAAUCUUCCAGUGGGACAUUAGCUCUCUAGAUAUCACAACACCUGGGAUGGAUCUGGAGCGUCUCAUUCAAGCCAUGAGUCCACUACUCUACCUAGAGGAGCAAGCCUUACUCGCUGUUGUUGAACAGGUCUCUCAAUCUGUAAACUACGCUAUACACUUAGCUAACAGUGAUGGUGGUCUUCAAAGUGAAAACUUCACCAAUUCCAUCAUUCGUGCUAUGAGUGUGGUUCUGGAAAGAUUUCUAAUGAGACUGGAAGUCUACCUCAGGAUGUAA